AUGGCUUUGGUAAGAAGUUUCUUGGCUGCAAAGAAGAUUCUUGGUGGGUCUGUAGCUGGAACGAGGAAAGAAACCUCAGCACCAAAAGGGUUUCUUGCGGUGUACGUCGGUGAGAACCAGAAGAAGAAGCAGAGAUACUUUGUGCCAGUCUCAUACUUGAACCAGCCUUUGUUUCAAACUCUUCUCAGUAAAGCCGAGGAAGAGUUCGGAUUUCAUCAUCCCAUGGGUGGCUUGACGAUACCUUGUCCUGAAGAUACUUUUAUCAGUAUAACUACUCGGAUCCAAGGAUGA